UCAAAGGAAGGAUUCACCAAACUCCUCAAAAUCCGCGGCAAGCUCUUCAUCUUCCACCGCUCCAACAGCACGUGGGAAGCUCGUGGCGCCGGAGAAGUCGUCUUGGUAAAGUACAAGAGCAACGGGGUGACGCGGUUGAUGAUGCGGCAGGACAAGACCUUGAAUCUGAUUGCGGAUCAUAGGGUAGAUCCUGGGACUAAGAUAUCGUUGAAUACGACGAGCGAUCGGAGUUGGGUAUUUAACGCGAAGGAUGAUGUGGCUGAGGGAAAGCCAACGAACUUGACGCUUGCGCUUCGGUUUGAGAAUAGUGAGAAGGCGGGGCUGUUUAGAGAAGCUUUUGUGAAGGCGCAGGAGGGGAACGCGGAG